AAUCACAACGGGAAGCCUGCCGUUCCAUCGAAGAAGCCUGCCGUUCCAUCGAAGAAGCCACUUCUGUGCUUCCAAUACCACCUCUCAGCCUACCAAACAGCAAAGUUCAAGAUGCCCCAGGUCCUCCAUUUAAAAGGAGAAAACAGUCAACCCUGGAGAACUUCAAAGUAAAAGGUCUAUCAGCUGAUUUCCCUUCAGAAUUAGUUAGACCUCAGCAAGAGUAUUCGUCCUCAGACACUUUUGUUUCUCAAACUUCUCUUGACACGCCCCCAGAGAAGGAUCAAAUAACAUUGAACUCUUUUACUGUUCCUUUUCAAGUUGAUGUUGGUGAAUGCUUCAAAUAUUGUAAAAGUUUGAAUAAUGAGCAGAAAUAUGAGGUCCUUCAAAAUCACUGGAAACCUGAGCCUGGCUAUCUAUUUCCUGUCAAUUCUACACGUCGUAAGUUUCAACACAAAUGGCUUGCAGAGUUUCCGUGGCUUGCUUACUCCAAACAUGUUGAUGGUGCCUUUUGCAUCAACUGCUUAGUUUUUGGCAUUCCUGAGAAAAGUCAGCAUGGGGAAAACAAGCUUGACCACUUAUUUACAUCACCACUCACUGCGUGGUCAAAAGCUUUGCAAAAGUUCCGUGACCAUGCUGCAAAAUCAAAUGUUCACCGUUCUGCCACACUCAGAGCAACUCAAUUUUGUCUCGUUAUGGAGCAAAAAUGCAAGCCCAUUGAUCAACAACUCAAUGCUUUAGUUGAUGAACAAAUAAGAAAGAAUCGGGCCAAGCUAUUUCCGAUUGUGGAAGGUAUUAUGCUUUUUGGACGUCAAAAUAUUUCGUUUCGGGGUCACAGGGGCGAUUCUGCUCAUUACGAUGACAAUUCACAUAGUCCUGGUAUUUUGCAAGAAUUGUUGAAAUUUCUCGUCCGCUGUGGUAACAAUGAAGCAUUUAACGAGCAAAUGACGAAUGCCCCCAAAAACAUGACAUACAGAUCUAAAACUACUCAUAACGAGCUAAUCAACAUCUGUGGCGAGUUUAUCAUUUCUAAGCUUCGGUCAGAGGUUCAUGAAGCUAGGUUCUUUUCGAUUCUUGCUGAUGAGGCAGCAGAUAUUAGUAAUAUUGAACAGAUGCCCCUCGUCAUCCGGUUUGUUGACAAUCAGGCAAAAAUUCGCGAAGAGUUUAUGGGCUUUAUUCCCUGUUUUGGAGGCAUGAAAGGCAAAGAUAUAGCCAAUACAAUUCUUCAGGCUGUUGAAGGUUUUGGUUUAGACAUGAACCUUUGUCGUGGCCAGGGGUAUGACGGUGCUGGCAACAUGGCAGGCAAAUGCUCUGGAGCUGCUGCUAGGAUAUGCCAGUCAUAUCCUAAUGCUCCUUACACUCAUUGUGGAUCGCAUGUGCUAAAUCUUUGCGUAGCCUCCACUUGUAAGAUUCAGGUUGUCAGAAACAUGAUGGGGCAUGUGCGUGUUGUCACAGAAUUUUUCAAUUCAAGCACUACACGAUUUGAAAUCCUGAAGAAAGUCAUCAGAGAGGUGCUUCCUGCUUCGCGUCGCAGCCACCUCAUCGAUGUUUGCCGGACAAGGUGGGUCGAGAGAAUUGAUGGGCUAGAUGUAUUUCUGGAGCUCUAUGAUGCCGUUGUAAGGUCUCUCGAAACUAUCAUGCUAAAUUUAGACAAAUCGUGGUAUUCUGAUUUGGUCCGUGACGCGAGUGGUUUGUUCUAUUCAACAACAUCUUUUCAGUUCAUAUUGGUACUUGUCGUUGUUUCACGCUGUCUUGAAAUUACCGGGCCUCUCACUAAACAAUUUCAAAAGGUCUCGUUUGAUGUUGUUGCUGCAAAAGAGAAGAUUUCGUUGACGUGUACUUCUCUACAUCGCUUACGAUCUGAAAUUGAUGAUAUUUAUCUAGGCUGGUAUGAAGAGGCAGCAUCUAUUGCUGAAUCAAACUCCAUUUUUACUGCGAUGCCUUGCACUGUUCUAAUGCAAGUUAACCGGUCUAAUGCUCCUUCUGAAUCAGUCUCUCAAUAUUAUAAACGAAAUGUCGCAAUCCCUUUCUUGGAUCACUUGUCAGGCCAAAUGCAAGCUCGUUUCUCUGAUAGAAACAAGUCGGUUUUAGACGGAUUUUACGGUAUGCCGAAUAUGAUUGCAGCUUCUCCUGAGUGGGAAAACAGAUUCGGCUCUUUUCUCGAUCUUUAUAUCAGUGAUCUUCCUGAGCCAAGAUAUAUCAAGACCAAACUGAUGAUGUGGAAAGACCAUUGGCAAUCCUCAAAAAACAUCCCAUCAACAUUAUCUGCACUUCUUCCGAAAAUUGACAAAUUAACAUUCCCAAAUAUAUAUGCUUGUUUCCAGAUCCUAGCGACAUUGCCAGUAACAACAUGCACUUGCGAGAGGUCUAUUUCUGUUCUUCGCAGGCUAAAGACAUACCUUCGAAACACCAUGUUGCAACAAAGAUGCAAUGGGCUAGCUCUGCUAUGCGUUCAUAGAGGAGUCAGGAUCAAUACUGAUGAGAUAAUUGAUUGUUUUGCAAGAAGGCAUCCUAGACGGAUGAAGUUGAUUGACAUAUUAAACACAGAUCCUGACUGUGAAUAAGUACCAGCAAAGUACAUACUGCAAGCUACUGGCUCUGACCUAUCUAAGGCUGUUUCUGCUUUCAACAUCAGUUGCUGUUUUCUUUACUUUAACUCACCUAACUGGUCUACAUUAGUUUCUAGUUCAAUUUUUGUGCUUUUGGGGCAUUCAAAAUCUGAAUCGUUGCUGACCAGCCAUAUGGUCUGCGUUGUUUUUCAUCGAGCUGUUAUGACUUCCAUUCAUCGUGGUGGUCUUCGAUUGUUGCUCAUCUAUUCAUUUGAGUUUUCGUUGUUUAAGAUACCCAGAAUUUGACCCAUCAAUGUGGUCUGCGUUUGUUGCUCAAAUAAACAUUUUAGUUGUCGUUGAUUGAGAUACCCUGAUUAUUACCCAUCAAAGUCGUCUGCGCUUGUUGCUCAUUUAAACAUUUUAGUUGUCGUUGUUUGAGAUACCCUGAAUUUGACCCAUCAAAGUGGCGUUCGUUUGUUGCUCAUUAAACAUUUAGGUUUUCAUUGUUUCAGAAAUCCUAAGUUUGACCCGUCAAAGUUGUAUGCGAUAGUUGCUCAUUAAAUCGUUAAUAAUUUGAUGAAGAUAUUUUGUGUUUGAUAAAUUGGUUUUUAUGAUAUCAGAAUGUAAAUGGAUUUCUAUGUAGUUUUCUUGGUAGUUAUUGAGACUUCAACCGAUCGAGUAAAAUUUCUUAAGUAAGGCCAUAGGGCGUUACCUGGCAACUGAAAAGGGCGUUACCUGGCAACUGAAAAGGGCGUGGCGUCUUGCCUCAACUGCAAAAAACUUAAGCACCCCUCAAAAUUUGAGCUGGAUCCGCCCCUGGCUUUAUAGAGUUAUCAUUAGUAGGCCCUACAACCAUAUUCAUGUAAUGCGAGGCGAAGUAUCUUCUGUUCUUUUUCGUUACUGCAAUAUCAAAAUCUAUUUUCAUUGUUCUGUUCUAGGAAGCAAGGGUUACAAAGAGCUAAAGGCUGUCAUUUGCAAAAAGCAACUUGUUAAUGAUAUAAAGAAGCUGUCACCACUGCAACAGACAAGUGCCUUGUAGUCAUUCCACAACGCUGUCAUACAAUUUCCACCAAAAAGCACACAUUUUUCAUAUUUGGCAAUGAAAGCAAGGAUAUGUCACUGAACUACUGCACAUGAGUGUAAGGAGGCGCUUGAAAGUCAGCAGCUAUUCAGAAUCUUUGACGAAAGUUGCACAACUUUCUGUAUCUACACCAGGGCAUUUGACAGAGAAUAUUGAGAAAGAGGAUAAGGACGAAGUUGUGAAACAACAUAAAACCGGAUACCUGAAAGUAUCUGACAAUAAAUCAGUUUUGGGAAUAUCUGAAAAAGAUGACAGCUAUGAGGGGCCACAACAGAUGAGACGCAAGAAGAGAAUAGAAAAAAUUGCUGAACAGAAACAAGAAACAAAGAGACCAAGAAAAAAAUAGGAUGGAAAGCUGAUUAAUAUUUUUACACAUUUUCUGUUGAUAUUAAGCGGAUGAAAUGCCAUGACAAAUUUUUUUAUAUCUAUACAUCAAUAAGGAUUAUAAAAACAAUUCAAGAUAUUUCAGGAUAUUUGAAACCAGUAAAUUCAUCAGAAGGAAAGGCACAGCGAAUCUUGUUGACAACACAGGGUGGUAGUAUCCUACUCUGAUGUUUCCCUAAAUGAUGCCACAACCAUCUAACAAAUUGUCUGUAGCUUAUGUAUCUGAACAGCCUAGGAAAAAAACUCUAUUAUUUGCCAUUCUGCAAGUGAAAAAACCAAACAAGGUUCCUGAGGAGGAAAUCUAUUUGCCUAAAUAGCUGCAUUUUUAUUUCUGACAUAACCUCUACAGAAUAUACAUAAAGUAUAUACUUAUAUUUGAAAAAGAUUCAAAACUAAUUAUAUAGAAGAUUAUGAUGCUAAUUUGUAGGCAAUAUGAAUAAUUUGCAAUGAAGCAUACUCGCUUGUUGGUUUAUCAUCAAUGUAUUCCUCAUCUUCAAUAUACUGAUAGAUGGCUGUUAUCACAACAUCUAUGUCCAGACAAACUGAAUUGAAGCCACCUAGUUCUGUGAUGCACUGGCAGUUUGCAUCAAUAGCCUUGCUACUCACUUUCGGGAUCUCUAUGCAGCACAGACUCUCUCUCCUAUACAAUACACAUUUGCACCUAUACAAUAAACAGGUUUGAAUCAAUAGCCAAGCAAGGGUAAGACAUGUUUCAAGCCAGCAAGUCUGCUUAAAAUCUACCAAUUACAGCAGAAACAUGGCUGGUGUAAAUCAUACCAGCAAGUAAAGAUUUCAUUACACAAAACUAGCAUCAAAUAUCAUGAUACCUACCAAUCAAUGUUACCAUUUCUUUCCACUUUCGUAUCAGUGGCGUCACCCCUUUCGUCAAAAUUGUCAUCUUGACCGCUUGGACUAGCGCCCGGCAGUGGCUUGAAUUGAAAAGGCUGAAUCUCUAAAGUUGAAGUAUCAAUGGUACCAUAAUUCCAUAUUUUGUCAUCUUUGUUGCUUGCCAUAAUGACGAUUCCCAGCAGAUGUAAUAAAAUUCUCACUUGGAUGAGGCUGUGCUGAAUCAAUAUUCACCUCUGACGUAACAACAGCCUGCAGAAAUUAGCACGGACAUUCCCAUCCUUUUUUAAAAAUGGCCACUGGAGGUUCAGAAUUCGCAUUUUAGAGCGUUCGUUACACGAAGACUUGUGCAUGUAUCAAGAUUUUCAGCUUAAUUUUUUAAGUUUCAUAGGAAAUGUGGUUGAUCUGCCCUGACUUUCCCGGUCUUUGCUGGUCUCCUUUAACCCCUAUUGAUUCAUGCAACUUCAUUUUUGUUUGUUGGCAGUCCAAUAAACUUUUUUCGACUGUCAGAAGGAUUUCGCAAAGAGAGCAUAACAAAUAUGGCAGUGUAGGGAAUUUAG